AGCUCGGGCGGGGACGGGCCGUGGUCGGUGGCGGCUGCCCCUGCCUCUUCUUCUUCUUCUUCUGGGAAUGGGAGAUCAAACGGGGCAGGGACAUUUUAAUAUUCUUAGGGGGCGUUUUCGUUUCAUAAUAAAGUAUUGAAAUAUGGCUGGACUGAUUAUUAAACAACUAGUGAAUAGGGAUUAAAUGUUAAAGACCGGUCAAUAAAUGUACCGGUGAUUAAUUACCCCUUUGCAAUAUUGCUGAGUUGCUUUAAAGCAUACCACACAUACCACCCUAGCCGUCCCUCAUGCCCCUCUCCCACAAUCACAUCCUCUCUCCUCUCUCUCUCAGAUCAUGGAGGAGGAUGGUUCUCUUCGCAUUGUUUUCUUCCCUUGGCUAGCCUUUGGCCACAUGCUACCAUUCCUCGAGCUCUCCAAAUCCUUAGCGAAGAGGGGGCAUCGCAUCUCCUUCCUCUCCACCCGAAGAAACCUCAAGAGGCUCCCAAAAAUCCCACACGACCUAGCCCCAUUCAUCCACUUCGUCUAUUUGCCGCUGCCAAAGGUUGAAGGCUUGCGGGCGGCCGCCGAGUCCACCACCGACGUCCUGCCCGACGAGGUCCAGUUCCUCAAAAAGGCUUUCGACGGCCUUGACAUCCCCUUCUCCGAGUUCCUCGAGGAGGCUUCUCCAAAGCCCGACUGGAUAAUCCACGAUUUCGGCCAUCACUGGUUGCCACCAAUCGCGUCCAAGUUCAAUAUACCAUGCGCCUUCUUAUGCAUCGUGCCUGCUUCCUUCAUCGCCUUCAUUGGGCCGCCGUCGGAGAUGAAGGACAGCUCGCGGCGGACUGCCGAGCAAUUCACGAAGCCACCGCAGUGGAUCUCCUUCCCUUCCUCCGUGGCUUAUCGCCUCCAUGAGGCCAGGCUAAUAGUUGAGUCUUUUAAAGCCAAUGCAUCAGGAAUAGCCGAUAUCCGUCGCUUCUGUCUGACUGUAGAGGGAUGCAACUUCAUCGCCUUCCGGAGUUGCUUCGAGUUCGAAUCCGACUGGCUACGCCUCCUCGAGGAGCUCUACGAGAAGCCCGUGAUUCCAGUUGGCCUACUUCCACCACAGGUUCAAGAAGGGAGUGACGACGUUCAUGGCAACGCGAGAAUUUUCGAAUGGCUCGACAAGCAAGCACCAAACACUGUGGCAUACGCUGCAUUAGGGAGUGAGGCAAUGCUAAGCGUCGAGCUGCUGCACGAGCUAGCCUUGGGACUCGAGCUAUCUAAGGUGCCUUUCCUGUGGGCCCUUAGAAAGCCGGCAAGCAUGGCCGGUGACGACGCUGAUAUCUUGCCCGAGGGGUUCUUGGAGCGCACCGGGGGUCAAGGAAUCGUCGCCAUGGGUUGGAUUCCUCAAAUCAAGGUCUUGGCCCAUGCAUCCGUCGGAGGAUUCUUGACGCAUUCUGGCUGGGGUUCGAUUAUAGAAGGGCUUCGAUUUGGGCAUGGCCUCGUGUUGUUGCCUAUAUCUGUAGAUCAAGGCCUCAAUGCUCGAAUUAUGGAGGAGAAGAAGAUCGGGUUGGAGAUCCAGAGGAAUGAAGAGGAUGGGUCUUUCAAUAGAGAAUCAGUGGCCAAGGCCAUAAGAUUGGUGAUGGUGGAGGAAGAGGGCGAACUGUUUAGAUGCAAAGCCAUGGAGCUACAGCGGCUUUUUGCUGACAGGGACUCGCAGGAACGCUACGUGGAAGAUUUCAUACUGCAUUUGAGGUAUCACAGAGGGUAAGGCAAUCAGCGCGUCCAGUGCACGGAAUAACUGAAAGUAUUGGCAAGUUUGCUUACGUCGGCAGGCUGAAUAUGAUGUUGACGACAUGAUAGCUUUUAAAUCAGCGCAUUGUACUUUGUAGUCGAGUUUUACUAAUAUAAAUAAACUUAUAUUUAAACCGGU